AUGUCGCAGGUCCCCUCCCUGGGUGACAAUGCCAUUUGUGUGUCCCCCGGCAGUUCGGUGUCCCGCUCGGUGCCGCAGGGACAGAACCCAGCUCCGGCCCAGGUGUCCCCGAGCGGCGGCCACGUCCCGCACGUGGCUGUCCCCGUGUCCCCGUGUCCCCAACGCCGCGUCCGCGCCGCUUCCCGCAACUUUUACGAGCGUGGCCUCAUCCCUGGGGAUGUCCCCGAGUGUCCCCAACCCUCCGGGCCACCCACCCCCUUUCCACCUGAGCGCGAUGGGGUCACCGGGGUGGCUCAGGGCACCCCCAGACCGUCCGGCGGGACCCACGCGUGGGUUUUUGGGGGUCGGGGCGGCGGUGCCAGGCGGGGGCAGAAAAAGGGAAAUUCCAGUUUUGCUAAAUUCACAACAUUUCUUUUUAUUCCACCCCUGAUUUUUAUUUUUUAUUUUUGCUUUAGGAAGAGGGAGGAAGAAAAGAAAAGAGAAGUUUUGAACAACCCAGUGAAAAUGAAGAAAAUCAAAGCCUUGCUGCAGAACAGUUUGGACAAAAAGGAGAGGAAGAAGAAGAAGGAGAAGAAGAAGAAGCACAAGAAGCAUCGACGGCGCAGCUCCAGCAGCUCCAGCUCCAGCUCUGGGGAGGAGAGGGGCAGGAACAAGUCUCAGAAAAAAGUGGAGAGUUCCUCCUGGAAGGCUGCUCCUUCCAAAAUCCCAGGAUAUGGAUUGCAGGUCAGGGACCCCCCGGGCCAGCCCAGGGCUCCCCCCCAGCCCCGGGGCCGCUCCCGCAGCCGCUCCCGCAGCCCCCCGGGCCAGCAGGGCCAGCAGGGCCAGCAGGGCCAGCCCAGCAGGAGCCACAGCCGGCAGCACAGCAGCAGGGAGGAGAAGAGCAGAGGCAGGAGCCCCUCUCCCAAAAAGAGCUUCAGGCAGCAGCAGCCCUCGGGCUACACCAGAAAGAUCUCUCCUGAGGAACUGGAGAGAAAGAGGCAGGAAAUGAUGGAAAAUGCCAAGUGGAGGGAAGAGGAGAGAGCCAACAACCUGAGGAAGCACCGCAGGGAGGAGGAGCUGGAGAGGGAGCUGGAGAAACUCGACACCAGGGAUGGGAAAUUCUUCCACCGUUUGAAGCUGGAAAGUGCCUCCACCUCCAGCCUGGAGGAUCGGGUCAAGCGCAACAUCCACUCCCUGCAGAGGACUCCUGCUGCCUUGGAAAAGAACUUUAUGCAGAGGUGAAGGCUGUGCUGGCCCUGCCCCCGGGCAGGAGCUCAGUGGAUAUUUUUUUGCAGAGGUGAGAGCUCUGCAGGAGCAAUUCCAGCUCCCAGGGAGGUGCUGGAUCCCGUCCCCAGAGCUUCUCCUCCUCUCCCCACCCUGACUGGUGUCACUUUUUUCUACAUCAUUCUGGUCACUGCUUCCUCCUGUGCCACAGCUGAAGAUUUAUUUUUGUUAAUCCUUAAAAUCCAGAGCAGAAGUGAUCCACACGUGGGGUGAUUCCGUGGAAUGGGACAGAACCACACUGUCACCUUUUCAUCCACACCUCACAGUGUGCUGAAUUUUGGUGGCUCACAGAUUUAUUUCAAUGAUCUUUGACCCAAAAGAAGCAGUUGCUGAGGGGGGGAAAAAGGGAAUGAGCAUAGCUGACACAGCAAAUAAUUCUCUGGGAUUUUGUAAUGUAAGUAAUGUGUAUAUGUACAGCAGUGUAGAUUUAUUUUGUCUUUUUAAUUAAGAAAGUUGGCUGUCGUUUGUUAAA